AUACAAAGCACUCUGCGUUGCUCUCUAUCUUCAAUUCCCAAACCCUAAACCGUAAAGGCUAGGAUCACACUGACACUCUCACACUCACUCUACAGGCUUUGUUCUACGUCGCCGACUCCAAUCUUUACCGUCACAGAGAGAAGAGCCAUCCACAUCUUCCUCCGAAAUCACUCUGCAUAUUUACUCAAAACACUAUGGCGGGUCGCGGCGGAGGAAGGGACAGGCAGAGCGGCGGCGGACCGCGGCGGUUCGACGGCGGAAGAGGCAGCAAGGCGCCGCCGUCGAGACACUUGUGGAUCGGGAACCUCUCUCACGGUAUCACCGAGGACGAACUGACACGUCACUUUCUGAACUUCGGAGACUUGGAGAGCGUGGCGUUCCAGCCCGGCCGGAGCUAUGCUUUCAUCAAUUUCAAGAUGGAGGAGGACGCUAGGGCCGCCAUGGAGGCUCUUAACGGCUUUCCGGUUGCCGGCAACCCGCUGAGGGUCGAGUUUACCAAGGCGGAUAAAUCAUCAGUGCCAUCACGUGAAGAAGAUUACUCCCAACGGCGAGAUGAACAACAUUCAGCAGUAAGAGGAUCUCCUUUGUUGCAAAGGGAGUUUAGAGCACGCCAAGAUACUCCUGAGAAACUUUAUCAAGAAAAAUCCAGUAUGGGUGAUAAAAACACAGAGCCUAGUGAAGUACUAUGGAUAGGUUUUCCAGCUUUAUUAAAGGUGGAUGAAUUCAUAUUAAGGAAGUCUUUUGCACCAUUUGGUGAAAUUGAGAAGAUAACUGCCUUUCCUGGUCGUAGCUAUGCGUUCGUUCGUUUUAGGAGUGUAAUGUCAGCUAGCAGAGCGAAAGCAGCUCUUCAAGGGAAAUUAUUUGGAAACCCUCGUGUACAUAUUUGUUUUGCAAGGAACGACAACAGCUCAUCAAACAGUGGAAGGAAUUCAAGCGAUGACCCUCCACCCCCACAUGGGAAAUUCACUGGUCGCUCUGGAUCAUCUGAGAACUUUCGACAAGAUAGAAACUUUGGGAGCUUAACAGAGGAUUUUAGCAUCAGAUCUCCUCAGUAUUUCCCAACUUUGGAUUCUGGUGGUUAUGAGCCCUAUAGUUUAAAGAGGAAAGGAAAUUUAUGGACAGAUGAGGACAGUACAUUUGAACAGAGGAGGCCUGGUGAAAUAUCUGACCUAGGACACACACAAGAAAUGUAUGGUUAUCGGGGUAGUCCUACGAGUGAGAAAUAUGCUCAUUUACGUGAUUAUUCUCAGAGAUUUCCUCAAACAAAUCCACCGUAUGAAGAACCAUGGGACUUACCAGAUGACGUUCAUUACUUUCAUGGAGCCAAGAAGUUGAAGACAGAGUCUUACAUUCCUGAGAAAGAGCUUCCAGAGUAUCCAAUGUCUGUCUAUGAACAAGAAAAACUUGGUUUCCCCAGAUUCACUGAUUUUCACCAAGCUGACAAUUCCAAUAGAAACUUUGAGGCUGAUCCAUUUGGUUACAAACAAAUCCCUGAACGACCAAUCAAUCUAUCUCGACCUCCAGUUGAAAGGGGUGAGCCUUGGAAAGAAUCUUAUAUACAGCCGGGUUCUCAGCUACUAAAUUCUGUCGAUAGGAAAAGAUUUACUCCUGAAUCAAAGAAGUCUUUGGAACUAUGGAAAUGGGAAGGGACUAUAGCAAAGGGAGGAACUCCUGUCUGUCGUGCUCGUUGCUUUCCUGUGGGGAAGGUCCUUGACAUUAUCUUGCCUGAGUUUUUAGAUUGUACUGCAAGGACUGGUCUAGAUAUGCUUUCUAAGCAUUACGAUCAAGCAACCAGUGCUUGGGUUGUGUUCUUUGCCCCUGGAAGUGAUGCUGAUAUUGGAUACUACAAUGAAUUUAUGCAAUAUCUUGGGGAGAAGCAGAGAGCAGCCGUUGCCAAAUUAGAUGACAGGACCACCUUGUUUCUUGUACCCCCAUCUGAGUUCUCAGAGAAAGUGCUGAAGGUACCUGGGAAAUUAAGCAUCUCUGGUGUUGUUUUAAGGUUAGACCAGCCUAGUUCCAACUUUGGAUCUUAUCACCAGCAACAUGAACGAAAUGACACUAGAUUAUUGUCAUUUUCUGGGGACCCACCAUAUUCAAAAUUGCCAACCCCUUCAGUAUCCCAUCCUCCGUUUACAUCUUAUCCUGAUUCAAGUAAAUCAGGAGUUAGUAACCUAUCUUCGUUGGGGAACUUUUCAUCAACUCCACCAGCUUCGUUUCCUGGGCCAGCUCAUGGUGUUGGAAAUGGAUAUGAAUCUUACAAUGAGAACAUGCAUGAAUAUCCACCUUAUAAGGAAAGCCCUAGGUUGGGACCAAACUGGUCUUCUCAACACCCACAGAGUUCAGUUUCUGUUACUAGAAGCAGACCCAACCAGUUGUCCAAUAAUGCUGUUGAUUCAGUUCUUCAGGAGCAUCCCUCAGUCAUGCAAAGGCCCCUGCAAGAGGCAAUCCCUACUGGUGGAAUGCCUCGUGUUCAAAACAGCAAUUUCCAGGACACCCAGCCUUCAGUUUCUUUGCCUAUGCCUCUUGUAUCCCUGCAACCGGAGCAACUUGCCCGAUUGGCGUCUCUUCUCGAACAGCAGAAGCAGUCUGGGAGCAUUCCAAAUCCAUCCACGGGAGAAGAUUUUAGGCACAGAAAUGCAGUACAUGAAACUGAGAACCUGCCAAGGACAUGCCAGAAAUUUACGCAGCAGAAUAACCAGGUGACUUCUGUGCCCUCGACAUCUCAGUUUGGUCAAGCUCAAGAGUUGCAGCAGCCGCAACAGCAGGUAUCAUAUGUGCCUCACAUGGUUCAAAGAGAUCCUCAAGCAGGGGGUCAGGUAAAUCAGCAUCUGCAUAAUAUUAAUACAAAUGAAGGCGGAGAAACAGAUCGCAUGCAAGCGACGCUACAGCUUGCAGCAGCUCUACUUCAGCAGAUCCAACAAGGGAAAGGAAGUUGACAAGCGCUAUAUAUUAGUAUG